GGUGGAAAUUCUAUACGAUCAAUAAUAAUAGAAAAAAAUUAUAUAAAGAAUAUGUAACUAUAAAAAGUAUUACUCACCAGAUUUAAUAGAAUAUAAAUAAAUAAUUAUAAAACAAAAGAUUCAGAAUAGGCUAAUACGCAGUACUUGAAGAUUGUUACUCAGCUAAAUUCAACGAAGUUAUUUUUGAAGAUCAAUAACAGCAAAAGUGGUCAAGAUGAGCAGGAACAACAAGGAUGGACCGCGAGGGAAAGGUAUGAAUGAAAACAUGUCAAGAACUAUGCGGCUCGCCAGGAACACCAACGAGGAAGUUCAACGGGCUAUUGAAGGUCUCAAGGACAUGCCUGAUGAUGAGUUACAUGAAUUUCUCGAUGAAGAUUUUAUGGAAGGACUUAACGUCGUUGAUGCUUGGGACGGUGAAGAAGACCUUACUGAUGAUUUUCAUAGCAGAGACAACAAAGAUAAAGAUAAUAGAAGAAACUCUAGUGAGAUAAAUAAUUUUAGGGAUCGAAAUCGUCGAGAUUACCGAGAUUCAGGGCGCAACAUUCGGGAUAAUCGAGACCGAGACCGAGACCGAGACCGGGACCGGGACCGAGGAAGGCGCGACGAAAGAAGACGUGAAGAUAGACGUGAUCCAUCGAAGAGUUCUCAAGACAUCGAACGAGACAAGAUUCGCACGAAGAGAGUUAAUGAAAGUAAAAUACUUGCGGAAAAGGAGAAGGCUAUAAAACACUUACUGGAUUCCGGGGCUAUAGUACCUCCAGGAACUGAAGUUGAAACUAUUGAAAAUGAGAAGCAAAUGGACCGAGAGCGUGAUCGAGAGCAUGAUCGUGAACAACGAUCUCAUAGGAGCAGAGAUCGUCGUCGUAGUCUGGAUCGACAUCGACUCAGUCCAUCACGACGGAGAAGCCACGACAGGAAUAAAUUAAGUCCGCGUAGAUCAAGAACUCCUUUGGGUGGUAAUUCACGAAGAAGUAUCGAUCGUCACAGAAGACCAAGUUGGGAACAUCACGGCAGUUCGGAACGUGAUAGACGUGAUAGGCGAUCAAGCCUUGAUCGUGGACGUCGACGUCUGGACGAGCGUGACAUAAGGAACGUAGGAAGACGAAGUAGAUCCCGAGAUCGUCAACGAAGUCGCAGUCAAGAUCGUUUUCGUCGACGCUGGAGCCGAUCACCAGGAGGAAGACGCAACAGCCCAAGACGUCGAUCUAUGAGUAAAUCACCUGAGCAUCGUAGAAAACGUACGCCAUUUAUUGAAGCGUUAGCUCGGCAGUUUAGAGACACUCCUAUCGUGAACCCGGAUUCAGUUAAUCAGGGAUACAUACAUCCGUCUUUAAGAGGAAUUCAAUCUCAGCAACAGCAACAGCAAUCUUUGUUAGGACCAGGACCAGGACCGGGACAAGGACAUCCCCAAAUUUCUGGACCACCUCAACACUACAUACCAAUGCAAGAAUCUCUUCCACCGAUGAAUCCUUCGUACAUUCCAUACGAUAAUGUGGCCCCUGCUGGGUCUUCCAUGAAUUUUGAACAAUUGCCUAUGCAUUCUAUGUCCCAACCUGAUUACACAGCUCCUGCUGUGAUGUAUAAUCAAUCCAACCCCGUUCCAAUUCACAAUACUCCUUCUCGUUCAGCAUUUGUACCAGUUAUAUCGCGAUCGCCUCAACCAGUACCAGCGCCACCAAUGGAUCAAUCAAUGUUAUUUCAUCAACAAGUAGCACCGAUGCAAACAUCACCUUCACCUCAACCUGAACGAAUGGACUCAGGACAUCAUGGAUAUUCAGAACACUCUUCUUCAGCCUACACUGGAGGACACUCUUCAUCGCGUCGAGACCGUUUGAAGACACCUGAGCCACCUGUCAUCUCCAAAUCAAAACAGUUUGAAAAGACCAGUUUGUCCAGUCUGUUGGAAGCUUCAGUGUCUGCGAAAGAUACCGGUCAUCCAGUCCUAUAUCCAGGAUUCAAACCUGAAAUUUUACGUCACUGUGAGCUGGCCUUGCGUGAUUUACCCGACGAAGAUCCACGUUUAAAAAUCAAAGGUCGCUUCUUCUUCGAUUCAAGCAAGGAUGAACCACUAACUGAAUCAUCCGAACUCGAAUCAAAUUCUGUUUUGUUACAAAAACAUUCAAGCAAAAAAUUGUGGUAUGAUGUUAAAGAAAAAGUAAUGGAAGAAUUAAAACCAUCAGUAGAGGUCCAUCAAAAAUAUUGUCAAACAGACAUAAAAGAGUUUAAUGAUCAAUAUACACAAACGGAAAUUGAAACGGUUGAUUUUGGUGUACAAGUACAUAUCAGUGAACCACCACUACCACCGCGUGAAGAAAAAAUACCAAUUAUGGAACGUUUGGAUUGGAAUGUACGUGAAUCAUAUGAUUAUAAUUCAAAGCCACGUGAAGUUAAUGACUUACGAUGGAGCUUGAGUAAUUCAUCACAGAAGAGAUGGAAUCGUGGUGUAUCGCCAUCAUCACAAGACCAAGAUGAUCGUAUUAUGUUGUCUAGCCCCAGUCGCUUGUCGCAUCAGGAUCACGAUUCCAGAGAAUACAUCCAUCGAAUUCAAUCACCAAUACGUCAUAGUGAUAGUUAUUCGUCAAAUCGUGGGCGAAAUCAUCGGAGUUUUUCACCACGUGAACGUCAUUUUUCUCCGGACUUUCGACAAAAUUCUUAUCAUGAGAAUAGAAAUGAACGCAGCCGUGAACCAAGUCCCAUUAUGCUUGAUGACCAUGAUGAUGUUGAAAUUUUAGAACAAGAGCCAUUUUCACAUGAUCCCAAUUGGCGGGGACGCAACAAUAAAUCAUUUGGACAGAAUCCACCUGUUCAUAAAUCAAGAUCAGCACGAGGCAAACAUUCAACUGGUAGACCAUUUCGGGGACGAGGUGGCGGAGGCAGUAGUAGCUAUCGUGGAAAAUAUUAAAUUAAUAAUUAUUAUUUUUUAUUUUACCAUCAACUAUUGUUAGAUUUUUCAUUAAAUUUAUCCGGUCAUUUAUGUCAAACGAUACCUUAUCGGUUAUGUUUGUUAAUUAUUGGAACAAACUAGCAUAGUGUUUGCUGUAAAACGGAAAAAAAUUAAUUUAACUAUUAUUCGUGGCUAUGCUGUGGACUUUUUUUCUAGUUUUAAUUAUUCAUCAAGAUGUGGUAAUAUGGUAAUCACAUGUAGUAAUAUUACUUUAUGAUAACAAUUAAUGAUUGAAUUACUAUACCGAUUGGUUUAUAAUUUAAUCAAGUAUAUAAGUAACUGUCUUAUCUCAUUGAUAAAUAUAUAUACUAUACAUACAUUGAAAAAUAAUAACCAAAGGUGGAUUGUAGAGCAAUAUAAUUCUACAUAUAACUAUUAUGUAUAUGUAUAUAUUAUAAUAUGAUAAAAAGAGUGUAUAAUUCAAAAAUUUUAUUAAUAAUUUCAGCUAAGUAUAUUUUUUCCUGAAAACAAAAAGAUAAAAAUAUAUUAGAAUAGAGUCACAAUUUUGAUGUUGUCAGUGGACUGGAGACACUGACGUUUAUAUUUACGUCACGUAAAUUUUGCUAAAAAGCUGACGUAUGUUGAAAAAUAAUAUGCUACAAUUUGACGCAUUCCAUUGGAUAUUGCGUUUUACUUUUUUUCUUCUUUCUUGUUAUUUACGACGCAUAAAAGUAUUUUUACGAUGUAUUUUUUUAGUUUAUAUUUUUCCUUAUAAUUACAGAUCAAUGAAAACUUUUUUAUUAGUUUAUUACUGUUUCCUUACAAAUAAAUAAAAUAAAGUUAACAAGAAACAAAAUAAUCAAACCCAAUUAAGUGUGCAUUCAUUUAAAUGUACAAUACUUAAUUAUCG